CCUCAAUGCCCAGCAGGGCCUUGCCUUCGUACCGCACCCGUCCAGGCAGUCAUUGUCACCACGAGGGAAACGUUACCAAUUUUCGUCAACAGCGAGGCCCCUCAGGUGUAGCAGUUUCGCUCGUAGCGAUCGUGCGGAGGAGUGGAGAGAGGCAGUUCUGCCGUUCUUACCCCCUGAUCGUUGUCGAACAGCAUCCCCGGCGGAGUCGCUGGGGAGAGGGGAGUGGUUUAAGCUGAUCUGCGGCGCCUCCUUUGAGGCGAGUUGAGUUAUGUGCUCCUGUUGUGGUGCUACAUACUUGAUGUGCAUCAGUUUCGCACCUCUUGCUGAACAGGACCUUCCCGCCAUCCGCGAUCUGUCGCUCGUCUACACUCUGGCUGGCGCGGACUGCAUCGACGUGGCGGCGGAGGAGGCUGUUAUCGAGGCGGCUAGGGAUGGUGUUAUCGCAGCGCUCGGCGUGGCCGAAACCAUCGGCAAGCCGAUGAGGAUGCCGUGGUUGAUGAUGAGCGUCAACGACGACGAGGAAGAUCCGCACUUCCGAAAGGCGGCUUUUGACCCAAACCUUUGCCCGGCCGACUGCCCGAGACCCUGCGAGACAGUCUGCCCCGCGGAUGCGGUGGUGUUUCCAGACUCGGCCCCGCCCCCCGCGCAGAGAGCAGCCAUGGUGGGAGAACUCCUGAGGGCAAGCGCAGGCGGAGGCGUGCUUGGCCCGAGAUGCUACGGCUGCGGGAGGUGCAUCACUGUGUGCCCCCCGGGCAUCAUCAGGGCGGAGAAGUACAAGAGGUCUCCGGGCGUGGUGCGGGAGUUGCUGGAGAAGGUCGACGGCGUGGAGAUACACACCAAGGCGAGCGGAAACUUGGCGAGCUUUCGAGAGCUUUGGGAGGAGUGCGUUGCCGCCGCCGCGUCCCGACCCCAGUUCAGGGUCGUCGCUGUCAGCUUCCCUGACCUCGGUGACGACACGGGGCUAGCGGUGGCGACCAUGGGGGCCGUGAUGGACAGCGAGCCGGCGAUGGAGGGGCGGGGGGGAGGCGAAGAGGGGUCGGAAGCGACAACGGCACAGAAAAGAGGGACAGAAUUUGAGGUUGCUGGGGAAAAGAAGAUUAGGGGCCGAGCUCUCAACGUAUGGCAGGAAAAAUCACACAUGGAAAACGCACUCGAGAUUCGAUUCAGCACCUUGACGAGCCGACAGUAA